AUGACCCUCCACUCCAUAGUGAUACAGAAGCUACUGAGCACCAACGCCCAUUUGGGUCGUCGAGUAGCAGCCCACCACUUCAAGCAGUUCACCUAUGGAACCCGCAAUGGCAUGGCCAUCAUCGACUCUGAUAGAACCCUCAUCUGCCUCCGCACCGCCGCCGAGUUCAUCGCCGCCCUCGCCCAGCAGAAGGCCCGCUUCAUGUUCGUCAACACCAACUCCCUCUGGGAUGAGAUCAUCGAGCAGAUGACGAAGAAGAUCGGCUGCUACAGCCCCUCCAUGAACUUGCUGUGGCGCACUGGUGGGUUCCUCACCAACAGCCACAGUCCCAAGAAGUUCAAGUCCCGCCGUAAGAAGAUUUGCUUCGGGCCCACCCAACCUCCUGAUUGCCUGGUUGUUUUCGAUACUGAUCGGAAAUCUUCGGUGAUUCUCGAGGCGGAUCGGUUGCAGAUUCCCAUUGUUUCGCUUGUUGAUUCGGCCAUGCCGUUGGAAUACUAUAAGAAGAUUACGUAUCCGAUUCCGGCCAACGACUCGGUUCAGUUCGUGUACUUGGUCUGCAAUUUGAUCACCAAGACUUUCCUUCUUCACCAGAAGAGCACUGCUUCUUCUGUUGCACAACCGGAGGAUACGAGGGAGCAAGUGGAGCGUAUAGAGGAGGGCAAGAGCGUCAACAAGGAUGAGUUGCUUGUGCUUCCUUACAGCUUGUUACCCAUUUCUCCUGGUGUAGAUAGAACUGAGGAGCUCCUGGACAAGCUUGUUGUGCUCAAGUUCAAUGGAGCUUUGGGUACAAACAUGGGAUUCCAUGGCCCCAAGUCCACUAUUCAAAUCUGUGAUGGGUUGACAUCUCUAGACUUAAUUGUUAAUCAAAUUGAGGCCCUCCAUUCUAAGUACAGAUGCAGUGUUCCUUUGCUCCUUAUGAACACAACAACAACACAUGAAGAUACGGUCAAGGUCUUGGAGAAAUACUCCAAGUCAAACGUUGAUAUUCAUUCUCUUAAACAGCCACAGCACAAGUCAUCUGGAGGACAGAGCAGUGAGGACGAACUGUAUCCUGGCCAUGGUGCAGUGUUCCUUUCCAUUAUGAAAAGUGGAACUCUUGAUGUCCUAUUAUCACGGGGUAAGGAGUAUAUCCUUGUGGUUGACUCAGAUAACGUGGCUGCUACAAUUGACCCAAAAAUUUUGGAUCAUUUGAUUGAAAACAAGAUUGAAUACUGUAUAGAGGUUGUGCCUACCGCACAUGAUGCAGAUUUUAGUAACAUUGGUUCACUCCUACAGAAGUUUGAGCUUGCAGAAAUAGCCCAGAGUUCUGUCAAACAUUCAACGGAAAAUUUCAAACUUGUUGAUACUGGCAGCUUGUGGGUGAAUUUGAGAGCCAUUAAAAGGCUUUUGGAUACAGAUACACUAAACAUUGAAGAUAUCUCUGUUUCGAAGGAAACAGCGGCUGGUUCAGCAAUACGGUUCUUUGAUCGUGCCAUUGGUGUCAAUGUUCCCCAUUCUCGAUCUCUUUCACUGAAAAAAACAUCAGACCUACUUCUUCUAAAGUCAGAUCUCUACACCUGUGAUGAAGGGGUUCUAGUUCAGAAUAUAGCUAGAACUAAUCCCGAAAAUCCUGUAAUUGAAUUAGGACCUGAAUUUGAAAAGGUUAGUGACCUCCUAAGCCGCUUUAAGUCCAUGCCUGACAUUAUUGGCCUGGAUAGCUUGAAGGUCACAGGUGAUGUGUGGUUUGGAGCUGGUAUAACUCUCAAGGGGAGAGUAACUAUCGCUGCAAAACCCGGGAUGAAAUUGGAAAUUCCUGAUGGAGUGGUAAUAGAGAAUAAGGACAUCAAUGGCCCUUCAGACAUUUGA